ACGAGUGUUGUUGUUAUUUCUGUUCUCUCCGUUGUUGAUUCGUUAAACUCAAAACACACAAACCCUAAAACGAUCCCCAAUCAUCGAUUAGAAAAAAAAAUCAAACCCUUUGCGGAUCUUUCCCCUCCUUUCUCAGAAAAAAUCCAUUCGGUUGAUGAAACAUCAUCUGAAGCCCCGCGAGAGAUAAAAAAAAACGCGAUUUUGGGAUGAUGGGUUUCUCUGUUUCCGACGAAUUGCUUGGCACCGUUGCUCCGAUCGUUGUGUACUGGCUCUACUCUGGGAUCUACGUGGCGCUGUCGUCUCUCGAGAGAUACAGAUUGCAUUCAAAGGCGGAGGAGGACGAGAAGAAUCUCGUCUCCAAAUCAGCCGUCGUCAAAGGGGUCCUUCUUCAGCAGGUCGUCCAAGCUGCUGUCGCUAUCCUCUUAUUCACGGUCACAGGAAGUGAUGCGGAAGCAGACAAAGCGCAACAGUUCUCUCUUCUAGUCGUAUCCAGACAGUUCGUGAUCGCCAUGAUAGUCCUCGACACAUGGCAAUACUUCAUGCACCGAUACAUGCACCACAACAAGUUCUUAUACAAACACAUCCACUCUCAGCACCACCGUCUCAUCGUCCCUUACGCAUACGGAGCCUUAUACAACCAUCCAGUGGAAGGCCUUCUACUGGACACAGUAGGAGGUGCCUUGUCUUUCCUGAUCUCCGGCAUGUCACCGAGGACUUCCAUCUUCUUUUUCUCCUUCGCCACGAUCAAGACCGUGGAUGACCACUGCGGUCUCUGCCUUCCUGGGAACCUGUUCCAUAUGGUGUUCAAGAACAACUCGGCUUACCAUGAUGUGCAUCACCAGCUCUAUGGGACCAAGUAUAAUUUCUCUCAGCCUUUCUUCUCCGUGUGGGAUCGGGUGCUUGGGACUUACAUGCCUUACUCGCUUGAGAAGAGAGAAGCUGGUGGGUUUGAAGCACGCCCCACUAAAGAAUUCAAAGAUGACUGAUUGAGUUUCUUUGGGGGGUUUUUGAGUAAUGUUGUGUGUCUUUGGGUUUAUUGGAUGGAUACUUUUGUGUUGUGGAGAUGUAGUUUUAUCAUCAGAAACAGAACUGAGUUACCAUUUUGUCUUAUUUUGUCACGGACGGAACUAGCUGUUGGAUGGAGCUUGAGAUUUGUAUAUAUACGUUAUUGAGUUGUUGUUCUA